AUGCGCUGGUCGCGGCGCGUGGAGGAGAAGAACUCGAAGAAAGAGGACGUCCUGGCCACCACGAAGAAGGUGGCGGUCAUGGGCGGAGGGUCCUUCGGCACCGCGAUGGCCACGCUGUUGGCGCGCAACAAGGCGGACCUCGACGUCGUCAUCCUCGUUCGAUCGGAGGCGGACGCCGAGUCCAUCAACGAGGACCACAAGAACGCCAAGUACCUGCCCCAGUACGAGCUCCCGACGAACAUCAGGGCGACCACGGACCCGGCGCACGCGCUGCCGGGCUCCGAUUUCAUCGUCCACGCGGUGCCCGUCCAGUCCAGCAAGGCGUUUCUCGCGGGGGUCAAGCAGCACAUAUCCCCGGAGACGCCGCUGCUCUGCCUCAGCAAGGGUCUGGACAGGGAGACGUGCGAGAUGAUGUCCGAGGUGAUCCCGGAGGGACUCGGUCGCAAGCAACCCCUCGCGGUGUUAUCCGGCCCCACCUUCGCGGUCGAGCUCAUGCAAGGAUUGCCGACGGCCAUCGUAGCCGCGUCGGAGGAUAAGAAUCUCGCGUGGAGGGUUCAGCGCCUCUUCGCGUCCACGCACCUGAGGGUCAACACCAGCGCGGACGUCGUGGGCGUGGAGAUGAGCGGCGCGUUGAAGAACGUGCUGGCCAUCGCCGCGGGCAUGAUCGAGGGUCUGUCCCUGGGAAACAACGCGCUCGCGUCCGUCGUGGCGCAGGGAUGCGCGGAGAUUCGGUGGCUCGCGUCGAAGAUGGGCGCGAGGCCGGAGACGCUGGCGGGGCUGUCCGGCACGGGCGACAUCAUGCUGACGUGCUUCGUGAACCUGUCCCGCAACCGCACGGUGGGCGUGCGGCUGGGUAAGGGGGAAUCCCUCGAGGACAUCCUCGGGUCGAUGAAUCAAGUCGCCGAAGGGGUGGCGACGGCGGGCGCGGUGAUGAAACUGGCCAGGCGCUACAAGGUGUCGCUGCCCGUGCUCACCGCGGUGGCGAGGAUACUGGAGGACGACCUGGACCCGCGGGACGCUGUGGAGGAGAUCAUGAACCUGCCGCAGGUGCCGGAGGUGUAG